AUGGCGUUGGGUUCAAGGAACAAGCUCGGGUACAUAGAUGGAAAGAUUAAGAGGCCAAAUCCAAGUCAUACUGAUUUUGGGAAAUGGUACAUGAAUGACAAUGCAGUGAGAGGUUGGAUACUAGCUUCGAUGACUACAAGCCUUGCAGAGAGUCUGAUAUACAUGGAAACCUCAAAAGAGUUAUGGGAUGAAGUAAAAGAGAGGCAUGGACAUACUAAUGCUCCUCUCUUGUAUCAGUUGAAGAAGGAACUAAGUGACUUGAAACAAGAAAAUCAAGCAGUUGGGAAUUUAUAUUGCAUGCUGAAGAAUUUGUGUGAUCAUAUCUCUUCUAUUGAAGGUAUACCGGAGUGCACUUGUGGUGAAAUUAUCAAGUGUACCUGCGACAUGAUGAAGAAGUUGGCAGAUGCAAAGUCUCUCAACAAAUUGAUUCAGUUUCUUAUGGUUCUCAAUGAAGGUUUUGAGAAUAUAAGGGGAAGCAUUCUUGCUAUGGAGCCUUUGCCUCCAGUUAACAGAGCUUUUCAUCUUGUGCAACAACAAGACAAGCAAAAGGAGAUCACUAGAAACAUGAAUACGAAUAAUGAGAUGAGUGCAAUGAAUGUGAAGAAGCAAUUUGUGAAUACUUGGCAGAAGAGAGAAUCAAAAGAAGAAAAAAUGAGAAAGAAGUGUGACCAUUUCUCAAUGAAGGGACACACUAAAGAGGAGUGCUUUCAACUGAUGGGUUAUCCAGAUUGGUUCAAAAAUCCUCCUAAAGGAAAAACAACACAGAGGACAGCAGCAAAUGUGAACAAGCAGACCACUGAGUAUGCAGGGGAGACUCCUCUUGAGAAGAAUCUUGAGUAA